CACUGUGUGGUCACUUCUUAAAUCACGCGUCUGGAAGGCGCCCUCCUGUACCCCAUCCUGGAGGCUUCCUGCACUUCCCCUCUUGUUUCUUCCAGAAAUGAGUCAGAGUGAAAGCAAACUUUCUGAGGUCCUGAGAUCCCGGAGACAGGCUGUGAGGGCCGCUGGCCCCGCCCGCUCCAGCAGCGUGUGUGUGUGUGUCUGUGUGUGUGUGUGUGUGUGUGCGCGCGCGCGCGUCAGGGGCCAAUGCUGGAAAGGAAAUAGCGGACUCGCUGAGGAGAAGAAAGGAGCCGCCCCCUUCGUCGCCAGCCCCCUCCCCACUUCCCGUCCAGCGCGCUGCUCCCUUCCCCCCGCCUCUGGCCUCGGGGAACGAGCAGGAGGCAGCCCAGGCGGAGCGGGAGGAGCUGGCAGCGGGGCGCAUGCCAGGCGGGGGUCCUCAGGGCGCCCCAGCCGCCGCCGGCGGCGGCGGCGUGAGCCACCGCGCAGGCAGCCGGGAUUGCUUACCACCUGCAGCGUGCUUUCGGAGGCGGCGGCUGGCACGGAGGCCGGGCUACAUGAGAAGCUCGACAGGGCCUGGGAUCGGGUUCCUUUCCCCAGCAGUGGGCACACUGUUCCGGUUCCCAGGAGGGGUGUCUGGCGAGGAGUCCCACCACUCGGAGUCCAGGGCCAGACAGUGUGGCCUUGACUCGAGAGGCCUCUUGGUCCGGAACCCUGUUUCCAAGAGUGCAGCAGCCCCUGCUGUGACCUCUGUGAGAGGAACCUCGGCACACUUUGGGAUUCAGCUCAGAGGUGGCACCAGAUUGCCUGACAGGCUUAGCUGGCCGUGUGGCCCUGGGAAUGCUGGGUGGCAACAAGAGUUUGCAGCCAUGGACAGUUCUGAGACCCUGGAUGCCAGCUGGGAGGCAGCCUGCAGCGGUGGAGCAAGGCGUGUCCGGGCAGCAGGCUCUCUGCCAUCAGCAGAGUUGAGUAGCAAUAGCUGCAGCCCUGGCUGUGGCCCUGAGGCCCCUCCAACCCCUCCUGACUCUCACAGUGCCUUUACCUCAAGCUUUAGCUUUAUUCGGCUCUCGCUAGGCUCUGCCGGGGAACGUGGAGAAGCAGAAGGCUGCCUACCAUCCAGAGAGGCUGAGUCCCAUUGUCAGAGCCCCCAGGAGAUGGCAGCCAAAGCUGCCAGCUUGGACGGGCCUCAUGAGGACCCUCGAUGUCUCUCUCGGCCCUUCAGUCUCUUGGCUACACGGGUCUCGGCAGACUUGGCCCAGGCUGCGAGGAAUAGCUCCAGGCCAGAGCGUGACAUGCAUCCUUUACCAGACAUGGACCCUGGCUCCUCCAGUUCUCUGGAUCCCUCAUUGGCUGGCUGUGGUGGUGAUGGGAGCAGCAGCUCAGGGGAUGCCCACUCUUGGGACACCCUGCUCAGGAAAUGGGAGCCAGUGCUGCGGGACUGCCUGCUGAGAAACCGGAGGCAGAUGGAGGUAAUAUCCUUAAGAUUAAAACUUCAGAAACUUCAGGAAGAUGCAGUUGAGAAUGAUGAUUAUGAUAAAGCUGAGACGUUACAACAAAGAUUAGAAGACCUGGAACAAGAGAAAAUCAGCCUGCACUUUCAACUUCCUUCAAGGCAGCCAGCUCUUAGCAGUUUCCUGGGUCACCUGGCAGCACAAGUCCAGGCUGCCUUGUGCCGUGGGGCCACUCAGCAGGCCAGCAGAGAUGACACCCACACCUCACUGAGAAUGGAGCCGAGGCUGUUGGAACCCACUGCUCAGGACAGCUUGCACGUGUCCAUCACGAGACGAGACUGGCUUCUUCAGGAAAAGCAGCAGCUACAGAAAGAAAUCGAAGCUCUCCAAGCAAGGAUGUUUGUGCUGGAAGCCAAAGAUCAACAGCUGAGAAGGGAAAUAGAGGAGCAAGAGCAGCAACUCCAGUGGCAGGGCUGCGACCUGACCCCACUGGUGGGCCAGCUGUCCCUGGGUCAGCUGCAGGAGGUCAGCAAGGCCUUGCAGGACACCCUGGCCUCAGCCGGUCAGAUUCCCUUCCAUGCAGAGCCACCGGAAACCAUAAGGAGCCUCCAGGAAAGAAUAAAAUCCCUCAACUUGUCACUUAAAGAAAUCACUACUAAGGUGUGUAUGAGUGAGAAAUUCUGCAGCACCCUGAGGAAGAAAGUUAACGAUAUUGAAACCCAACUACCAGCCUUGCUUGAAGCCAAAAUGCAUGCCAUAUCAGGAAACCAUUUCUGGACGGCUAAAGACCUCACCGAGGAGAUUAGAUCAUUAACAUCAGAGAGAGAAGGGCUGGAGGGACUCCUCAGCAAGCUGUUGGUGUUGAGUUCCAGGAAUGUCAAAAAGCUGGGAAGUGUUAAAGAAGAUUACGACAGACUGAGAAGAGAAGUGGAGCACCAGGAGACUGCCUAUGACUAAAUCAGGCUGAUCUGAGAAAAUUGAGGGAAGACCAUAAAGUGGCUCUUCUAUGUGUGGACUUUUCUGAGAGCUUCUUUCCCCAGGAAGGAUGAUGUAGAAGAUGUGAAUGCCGCCUUAGCCAAAGUGUCUGCUUGUCAGAGGAGUUCAAGUGUUCCUGUGUUCUUUCCUUUUCCAGUUGUUAAGAGUAACUGAGCUUACUCUGAGAUUUGCACCCAGAGGGAUGGUCUCAGAAGACGCUGGUUCAGUGCAAAUUGAGAUGGUAAAAACUGAUUUCUUAAAAAAUGGUUCCUAAAUAAAUGUCAUUUACUAAAACAAAUGAAAGAAAUAUAUAUAUGAAUAAAUGGCUAUAUUUUACAAAGUAUGCUUAUUUAAGAAGAAAUAAGAAAAAACGGGGCUGAUAGGAACCAGAUUUGAAAUAGGGCUUUUGUAAAUAUUCCGUAAAUUGAAGUAAAUGAAGAGUAGUAUUUAUAAGCUAGAUUGAGAAAUAUAAAAUCAGCUAGCUGAAGUUAAGUGCAUCAAUUUGGGAUGAAUAAAUUUUCUUUUAAAAUGUCUAUCAAUUUGUGUAGAGAGAGGUUUCUUCAUAGAGAUAUUAGAAUCAAAGAGUAUGUUCAGUAGUUAUUCUGUCUUCUUUGUAAUGAAUACCCUUAAGUUGGCUUAACAGCUCAGUACUUAUCUUUUUUUCUUUUCAUUCUUAAAGGUCAAGCCUUGUUUUUGCCAUAUAUGUAACUAGAGACAGUAUGUUUGAGGCUAAAUAACUGUAGUACUAGGGAAUGACAACAUGCUCACCCAAGACACCGCAGCCUGGUUUACUCUGUCAUGAUAGGAAUGAGGAUUGUACAUUUGAAAUAGGUUUCUGCUAUUGAUUUUUUAAAUGUAUAAACGAUGGAAACUACGGAAUUUCUCAUGUUUUCACCACAUAGUUUUUUGUCAUAAAAUGAAGAAUAUAUUAUAUCCAAGAAUGAAGAGGAAGUGAACCAAUUUGAGCAAAUUUAGUCCAGCAAUAUUUUCAUUUGAAUAGUUGAGCCCCUGAAAGCCAUUAAUAUCUCUUUUUAAAAAAAGAACCAUGCAGUAUUUUUGAGUCUCAUCAUUGUCACUUCACUAAGUAUUUUCACAUUGAUGAAUAAAACAUAAACAAAUGGAAUGAGAGAUUGUUACCAUGGAUGAUUCUAAAUUGCAGAUGGCUCAUUACUGUUGUGAAGCCUCUCUUUAUGUUUUUACACUUGGAUUUUGCUGGAUCAGCCACCCUUUCCCUAUACAUUGAUUUACACGUGCUUAAUUUUUUUUAACCAAUUUGAGGUGAGUUGGCUUUAGGUGAACCAAAUUAAUAAUCUAGGGUUGAGAGUGUGGGAAACAAAUAAAUAAUGAAUUCCUGAAUACAUUGAAGCUUUUAUUUAUUAAAAUGUGAUAAAACUGGGGCAAAGUCCAUAUUCAGCUUUUUUUGUGUUUUGAGGGUUAAAAAUUCAGAGGGAGCUCUGUGUUCAAGUUUAAAUAUAGAGAAAGUACAAAGGAGAGUGUACUUAUGCACAUACACAUAUGCAUGCAUGUACCAUGACUCUUUUUAGCCUUAGAGAAUGAAACCAUUUAAGAAAUGAGCAAUAUGUAGUAUUCUUAAAAAAAGAUUUUGAUUUCCAACAAUAGUUGUGGAAUGCAGCGUUCAGGGGAAAAAGGCAACUCAUGGAUGAUCAAGCCACCCUGCUUGUCAGGAACCCAGACUCUUCUAUCUUGUUCUUCUCUGCCCCACAACAUGUGCCAUUCAGUCCAACCUGGCUGACCCAGCCACAUGCAUGUCCAAGUCCAGUCAGAAAAAAAACAAAGAAGGAAGAGAGCUCAUCUAUCCCCUUUAAGUACGCUUUUAGAAAUCUGCACACAUCUCUGCUACGGCCACAUCCCUGUGACCUUAACCUUGUUUUAUGGUAACAGCUACUUGCAAGAGGGGCUGGGAGCUGUCCUUACCCUGGGCAGCAAUGUGCCCCACUAAAGUGAUGAAUUCUGUUUCCAUAGCAAAAGGGGAGAUUUGCAGUCUUAGGGAACAAUUAGCAGUGUCUCUCGUACAGAGACCUUUUAAUGAUGUGAAGUGUAUCUCUAAUGAUGCACCUGAGAUGAAUUUGCUGCAUGCAUCACUUAAAAUAUCAUUGUAUCUUGUGUCUCUGGCUAGAUUGUGAGUCCACCGAGGUCAGAACAUUGUUCUUAGGUUUCACUGUACUGCUUUGGUGUCCAGCGUGAUGUCUUUUAAAAUAGUAAAUAUACUAUACCAUCAAUAUUUGUUCAUUUACUGGGGCCAGAUGUUAAAAUGACACAUGAAUGAGUCCUCUCUUCCUGCAUUUUAGAUUGCAGAUCUGGACCUUGAAUCUUCUGCUUCUUUAUUCAUUUUCCAAAUUAAUGAGGGUAGUGAUAAGUUUGUCUUUCUUGGAGGGUGCUUGAGUUGUCUGAGUUGGAUAUUCAGUUUGGAGUGUCAGUAAUAGAACAAUACGGUGAUAGAAAAGGAACUGAAAUAUGCCAAGGUACUCAAGGGCAAAGGGAGACAGACCUCAUCACCGAAUCCAUUGGCUUUUGUUGCCAAGACACAAUCUCUAUAAAGAGAUGAUAAAGAAGUGUGCUUUAACUCCUGUCAGCUGUUCUUGAGACUUCAGGAUAACACAUUUGAAUUCGGAGCAAUGUUAAGUGCAGUGAAAUAGAAGGAAAAGCUAAAUCUAUCUUCCAAGCCUUGAAUAUUUAUGGAAAUUAACUAUAAACAUUUAAUUAUUGUGGAUUCCAAUGUGUGUGUUUAUUUAAAGAAGGGUGGAAUGAAAAAAAUCAGCAACUUUUACAGUUUGCUACAUCUGCUUUUUUUUUUUUUUUUGAGACAGAGUUUUGCUCUUGUCACCCAGGCUGGAGUGUAAUGGUGCGAUCUCUGCUCACUGCAACCUCCGUCUCCCAGGUUCAAGCAAUUCUCCUGCCUCAGCCUCCCAGGUAGCUGGGAUUAUAGGCCAGCUAAUUUUUAUAUUUUUUUAGUAGUGACGGGGUUUCACCAUGUUGGCCAGGCUGGUCUCAAACUCCUGACCUCAGGUGAUCCACCUGCUUAGGCCUCCCAAAGUGCUGGAAUUACAAGCGUGAGCCACCGCGCCCAGCCUACAACUGCUUUUCAAGAUAAAAGGACAGCCCUCAGAUUUACGCAGCAGUUUUUCACCAUCCCUUGUGUAUAAAUUGGUAAUCUGUAUUGUACUUUAUUAAUAUUGUUGAUUUCGCACUGUAACUCAGCUAUAAAGGAAACCGACGUCAAGGGGAGAGAUUUAAUCACAGAAUAAUCAGGACUAGAAUUUUAAAUAGGACAUCAUUAGCAUGUUAAUGAAUUUUCCCACCUUAUGCCAGCUGCCUGAGUAGAAAAGAUACUGCAGAUGUAGCUCAAAAAUCUGGCUGGUUCCCUGGCCCAGUGAGCUGUCAGGAAUCUGUGUAGGGUGAUCCAUAAGCUAAGUGAAGGGAUUCUAAGUGAGAAUACCAAGCAGCAAGGUUUGGUUUUUCUGAGAACGAUGGCUAACUGUGCCCAGCCUAAACUCAUUUGUCUUUCGGUGAGUAAGAGGGGAAUGGGAGGCAGAGAAGGGGCAGUUGAAGGGCAAUGAGGUUGGAGUAGAGGCACCUUUCCAAUUACGGUUUGGGAUUAGGACCUUUUGCUUUAGAUAGAAAAGUUGUAAGUUCGCAAUGACAAGAUCCUGCCCUAAUUCUUGGCACAGUCUCACAAUUUUUGAGCUUGAAAUAGCUAAUGAAAGGAAGCAUGAGUGUCUUAGUCCAUCUGCGUUACUAUGGAGGAAUACCUGAGGCUGGGUCAUUUAUAAAGAAAAGGGAAUUCUUUGGCUCACAGUUUUGCAGGCUGUCUAAGAAGCAUAGUGCCAACAUCUGCUUCUGGUGAGGGCCUCAGGCUGCUUCCACUCAUGGCAGAAGAUGAAGGGGAGCUGCGUAGGCAGAUCACUGGUGAGAGAGGAAGCAAAAAGAGAGAGAAGGGACAUGACACACUCUUUUUAACAACCAGCUCUCCCAGAAACUAAUAGAGUGAGAACUCACUCAUUGAUGACCAAGCUAUUCAUGAGGGAUCUGCCCCCACACCCAGACACCUCCCAUUAGGCUCCACCUUCAACAUUGGGGGUCAAAUUUCAACAUAAGGUUUGGAGGUCAAAGAAAAGAAACUAUAGCAGUGGCAGAUUAUACUGAGGUAUCGGUUUAACUCUGAAGUUCCCAGAUGCAGCUACUUGCAGAAUUUCACUUCACACCUAUUAAGAAAAGUCUUUUAGUUUAGAAAUCCUGUGAGUUACAAGUUCUGCAUAUAUAGGCAGUAAUUCUUUUUUCCAUAUAUGUCAGAUAUAUGUAGAAGAAACAUUGAUAAAAAGUAUAACAAAAGAAUAAAAUCUAUGGGUCUCUUUUAUUGGCAGGGAGAGGGAGGAAAUGGAGAGCCGAGACAAUACAUACAACAAAGAUAAAAACAAUAAAAUUAGCAAACAACAAUAAAAUUUAAAAACAAAGACAGAAGAAAAUGCCAAUGUCAAGUGUUAAUUAUUUGGUUGAGAAUAUGAUGUGAUAAUGAACUUCCUAGAAGUCACAGCAAAGAAGACAGUUGAAGCAUCAUCCUUCUUCCUCAAAAGCACCUUGAAAAGCACAGUUUUUUGGGAAUUCAGAGUGAUGCUAAAUUCUUAAGACACUUCUCUUGAAAGCAUAGUGGAAAGUCCUCCUGAACAGAUUUAUAACACAUGCAGAAAGCUCUUUUACUUGUAUUAUUAUUUUUUACAACUUUUUAUUUUAGGUUCAGGAAUACCUGUGCAGGUUCUUUAUAUAGGUAAAUUGCAUGUCAUCGGGGUUUGGUGUCCAGAAUAUUUUAUCACCCAGGUGAUAAGCAUGUUAUCCGAUGGUUGUGACCAACUACCUCUAGGAAAAAAACAUAUUGGGGGUCCCUUCAAAGCAGGAGGGACUGUGCACAGGAGAGACUGAAACCACAUACACAUUUUAGAUAUGUAGGUAUGUAUAGUUUUUCCCACAAAAAGAUCCAGUUUUUCAGCAGAUUUUUAAAGGGGUCAUUCUAAGAUUCCUCAAAUUUUAAGAAACAUUAAGAUAUUAAACUGUCGAGGUGAAUUAGGGCUUGGGCUAGUGAAGUUUAAACACGGCAUCUUCCAAUUUCUGACAUUAUUUCAAGAUGUAACUUAGCACCUAAAAAGUGGCUGGAGAACAUAUCCUGUACACUCACCAAAUGUCACUUCUUUCCUCUGAGCUUUGGCUACGACCUAUGUAUAAGAAAACUUAGCUCUCCGGGCCAGAACCGUGGUAGUGCUCUUGAUAACAGAGGGCCAAGCCGUCUGCUUUGGAACCAGAUGAGUGUUGCGGUGCUAUGUGGCAAGAAAUGUAGAUGUUUAUAUGGGAAAUAGAUAUGUGUCUGCCUUUCCAAAUUCAAAAUCUUCGGUCAUUUAGAUUAAAAAAAAUAUGUCAAAUAGGAUCUUUUGGAAGAAAUAAAAAAAAUUCAAAAUCUUUUCCCUCAGGUUUUUCUGAUAGGCUGAGGUUUUAAAUCUCUAAUCAUUUAUCUUUGAUUUGCCUUAUUGAUUACAUUAUCACUUUAUCAGGACCCUGAUUAAAUCUGUUUGUGUUUUUAAUUUCUCUCCAUUUUUUCCUUUCCAGUUACAUCCUUGCAUCACUAUUAGUGUGAUUAUUUCCCUUCAGCCAUUUUUGCCUGUGAAUUUCUAAGCUUGAAAUUUGCAACUAACUUUCUCCCUCCUUUAUUAAGUCGCUGUGAUAAUUCUUUUGGGAGGCAUCGCCAUACAGUGGAAAAAGCCUGGAUUAGGAUGUAGGGGGCGUCAGUUUAAUCUCAGUCCUGCCCUUCCCUAAUCAUCUGCAUAGCACCUGAUGUAUAUAGCAUCAGAAUGUGAGGCUCAAUGAAUGAAUAGUCUUCAGCAACUCACUGAAUUUUAUCUGAGUCUCAAUUGCUUCAUAUGUAAUACUGUAGAACCAGAUCUUGAAGUUGCAUUUCUAUCCAUCCAUCCAUCCUUUCCACAAGCAUUUAUUGAGUACUUACAAUAUGCUAGGCGCUGUGGCAGGCCCUCAUGGUCCAGAGAUGAAUUAGAUAGUCCCUGUGGCUACUGAGGUCCCUUUUAACUCUAGCCCCUUGUAUGUGAAUUUCCACAAUUCAAUUUAUACUUUGUUCGUUUAUUUUCUUGCUCUCAGCUACUUUUGAUCUCCUUUUCCCACUUUUAUCCGUAUAUAUUUUUAAAAGUCCCUACUAUUGUUACAUCUUUUUUCACUUGUCUCUCUACUUGUUUCUAUACUCCCUUAAAAUACGUAAGUCACUUACCCCCUGGGUGGAAAUACAAUGAUGUUUUCAAUUAUAUUUCAUACCAAAUUGCAACAGGCAGUUUUUUUUUUAACAUGCUGAUUCAUUUAGAGCAGAAACUUGACUCUAUGUAAUAGGGUGGGUACAUGUGUCUCUUAAAUAUCUGCCAGAUUUUCUGCUUUGUAGAUUAUUCUUACUAAUGAGUGCGUAUUAGAGUCUCUUUGUACAUUUCAUAUGCACUCUGGGCUUUGAUAAUGUUGGUAGACACAUGUACUCACACACGCUCAUAUAAUGUCCUGAAGAUUAAGCUAAGAGUGAUGGUAAGUGGAACUUCAUGAUCUUAAAGAAGAGCCUAUUUGCCAUGAUUUGGGUGAGGGGAUUAUUUUUUGCAUGGGGACCCUACCAUGUAUUGCAGAACAUUUCACAUCCCUGGUCAUUGCCUGCAUCCAACUCUUCUUCCCACCCCCAUUUUUCAAUGCCCCCAGGUAGGAGUGGUACCACCCUCAGUUAACUGCAUAACUUCAGCCUAAUGCUUUAUGUUUUAGUAUCAUCCCUAUGAUUUGAAAAUAUGUUGUCAUGAUCAUUAGAACUUGCCUGGAAUUAAUAAAACCAAAUUCUAUUAUUCACAUUAUCUUUCAUAUAGAUCCUUAGAGGUUUAAAUAUAAGUUCUUUGCAGAUUUCUUCCUCCAUUGCUCUUUACUGUGUAUAUUCAGUAUGUAUUUCUUGGGCACAGAUUUCUGUAUGCACAGAUGAGCUACAGCUAUUGUGGAUUUAAUGUUUUCUUUGAAGAAAAGGAAUGAUCCCUCUUACGAAGUCACCCUCUUUUUAGUAACAAAGACUUAUCCCUUUCUUUUUGUUUCUCAAGCACUUGAGAACUAAGCACUGUGCUAAGACUUGACAUACUUUAGUCAUCUCAUCCUCUGGACCACUGUGGUACCGGCUCCACUGGAAUCUCUGUCUUACCGACGAAGAAGCUGAGGUUUAGGAAGGAUCCUGCCACAGAGCCUUCAGGGGGCAAGGCCACCAUCUGAAUCCCUCUUACCUGCCAUUUUACCUUUGACGUUGCUUUAUGUUCUUUAUGAAUUUGAUUCCUAAUGUCAGUCUCUCUAUCCAUCCCGCAACCUCAUCACCCUACCUAAAUACCACACUCAUAGAUUCAUAAUUACAAAACAAAAGUCUACAAAAAAAAAGUCAUCUAUUGAUGAUGUUGAACAUCCUGAAAAGACGGGUAUUUUUUUUUUCAUUUUUGAAGUUUUCAAGCACCCUCCCUAUAUUUUGUGCCUGAGAUGACGAUCCACUAUCUGCCAUGUUGCUAUAGCAGAUGGAUAAUUUAACUCAGUAGUAGGAGGUUCUAUAGGUUAUCACCCUAUGAAACUCAUAUCUUUUGUAUUAAAACCUCAAUUCUUUAUUUUCGAAGGGUGACUAGGAGAAACUUGGCAUACUACCAUAAAUCAGAGAGAAGUUGAACUAUAGCAAUUUAAUUGGAUACAUAUUCGUUGACUUCAAACCAGUUUUUUGUAUAUUUUCAAAGAACUGUUGCUAGUUCUGCUUCCUGUUCUAAAAUGCUGAAAUGGCAAUGUUUUCCUUUGUAUUCCUAUAAGUAAAUGCAUUGGUUAUUAGAUUGAUACAUUAUUCAGUUCCUGGUAAAGAAGUAGUUAGAAGCCCUGUUUGCUUUUAAGAAUUUACUAAUUUGUCAUCCUUUAGAUUACAAGGAAUUCAAUUUGCAACAUGUGAUGUCAAUCUUCCUAGGCUUCUUUUGAGUGAGUUUUGAACUUUGGUUAAAUAAAACAACUUUUUUUUUUUUUGAGAUGGAGUCUCACUCUAUUGCCAAGGCUGGAGUGCGGUGGCGUGAUCUUGGCUCACUGCAACCUCCACCUCCCGGGUUCAGGCAAUUCUCUGCCUCAGCCUCCCGAAUAGCUGGGAUUACAGGCGCCCGCCACCAUGCCUGGCUAAUUUUUGUAUUUUUAGUAGAGACGGGGUUUCACCAUCCUGGCCAGGCUGGUCUUGAACUCCUGACCUCGUGAUCCGCCUGCCUCGGCCCCCUAAAGGGCUGGGAUUACAGGCAUGAGCCACUGCGCCCAGCAUAAAUAAAAAAAAAUUUAAACUAUUAUAUAAUUUAGGAUUUUCAGGAAUGAAGGUUGAUUCUUUAUAAACCAAAUUUGAUUUUGUGAGGUUUUGCAGAAUUUAAUUUUACUUGGCUAAAUAUGACUCUUUUAUAUGGUCACAGUUUUUUCAAUGAUUAAUUUGGUAAGAAAUAUUUUGUUUUCCUUCUUGGCAUUAUCAUGAGUUAUGGCUUCCUGUACACAUUCCUGCCAUUUUAGCUGUGUACUUUUUCUUUGAAGCUGCCAUAUGUUAACAACCCAAGAGAGAUGGUAUUUACUGGAGAGAUCAUCACUUGUUGCUAAUUUGAUUUUUCAGAUUCUCUGAGCUCUUAUAAAAGAGAACGAGCAUGCUGAUGAAUGUUUUCCUGCCCUGACUGCUUUGAGGAGCUAGUGUUUGCUGCCCUGGGCCCUUAGUCCUGUUAUGUUUUGGACUUGGGGAUGGCCACUGUGUCUAAUCCACUUUCCAUUGAGGCUUUUCUGUAACUGGGGAGGGCUAGAUCACUGUAGGGGUGGACAACCCUGAGUGAAUGCACUGCAAUUUAAUAUUUAUGGCCAGUACAGAAACCAUCAAGAAUUGCUUAAGGAUUUACUGACUUGGCAUCAUCAAAAAUUUAUGAGGCAGGCAUGCUCAUAUUCCACAAGCCUGCAUAGUCAUAGAAUGUUGUUUUAUUUUUCUUUUGACAUUAUGCUUUCUGGAGUCUUAAUAACUCAUUAACAACUGAUGACACACUUUGCUUUUUGGUUUAAUUAUAACCAAAUUUUAUUUGCCAAAAUGAUGUUUAAUUUUUGGUGUAUUAACCCAUUAUGAAUAUCUCUCUUUUCCUAUGUUUACUAUGACUGCUUUAUACUUCCAGUCUCCCCAAUUCUGAUAUUUUCCUUCCCCAAGAAAGAACCAAAUACAAUUAUAUUACGAUUGCAUGGUCUAUCUGGUUUGGACAGGGUGACUGAAAUCUUGGGCUUCUUUUUAACUCUGAAUUGGAUCCAGCAUUCUACUUUGCUUUAUAUGUACCAAUUAUGUUGGGUGAGACAUAUACAUUGGAAUUUGGCAAGUGUCUGUAUACCCUUCACCCAACUCCAUUGUUUUCAGAGACUGAGUAACAGUAGUGGCUGGAUACCAACUUCAUGUCUGCCCUAAGAAGGUCACCAAACACUGACAUUCCCCAGUGGUCUGGAAUCCUGCAAAUCUGUCAGCCUUUGGAAGUGAAGUAAUUCUCCCCUAAAGAUUAUAGAGAAAUUCUCUGAAGUCAAAGCUGAUGAAAUGUCUGGAGUUACUCUAGGAUAAAAUUUUAAUUUAUUUCAAAAAAUACCUUUAGCAUAAAAUAAAAUUUUUGAAAUGAAUGAAAAAUGUUUAUCAUACAACUUCUAUAACAGAGCCCCUGGUUGCAUUUUUGGCAUUCUCUUCUGUGCUUGCAGCACAGGAAAGCUUUUUACACACUUGUACUGAGAAAGAGGAUGCAAUUUUACAUCCUCUGGCUGUCCUUAACCUUAUAGGACAAUAGUGAGAGCAUGGCACCAAUUAAUCCUCAUAACUGUAGUUUGAGACAAAUUUAUUAUUCCCAAUCUACCAAUGUGUGAAACUGAGGCUCAGUGAAUCAACAGAGUGGCUCAAGUUUCUGUAUAUGGGAAGUAAAGAACUGGAAUGAGACUCAUCUGUCUCACUUCAGAGCCAUACUCUUCAUUAUACACUUCUGUGUCCCUGGUUGCAUUAUAAUAUUCCAAUUUAUUAUUUUUUAUGUACAUAACAGUCCAAGAAUCAAUAUACUGUGACUUACUUAACUACCUCCUUAUUCUGAGGUGUUUAAUGAUUAUUUCAUGAAUUUGUUUCUGAAGAUAAAGUGCCAAGAUUGGGAUUAAUGACCCAAAGAAUGCAGUCAUUUUUAUGGCUUCAUACAUACUGCAGAUUGAUUUGCAGGUUAUAGCAAUUUAAUUGAUACUACCAAUCCAUCCUUUCUAAUAAUAAGCAUUAUUUUUUAAAAGAUUAUUAGUAUAAUAACAGAGUGGUAUUUAAUUCAUGCCUUGUUUUUGCAUAUCUUUGACUAAUACAUUCAACUUGUUUUUUUGUGCCUUUAUAAGUUUUUUUUGAGACAGGGUCUCACUCUGUCACCUAGGCUGGAGUGCAGUGGCAUUAUCUCGGCUCACUGCAACCUCCACCUCCUGGGCUCAAGCAAUCCUCCCAUCUCAGUCUUCUGAGUAGCUGGAAGUACAGGCAUGUGCCACCAUGGCCUGGCUUGGUAGAGACGGGAUUAUGCCAUGUUGCCUAGAGUGGUCUCGAACUCCUGGGCUCAAGUGAUCCACCUGCCUUGGCUUCCAAAAGUGGUGGGAUUACAGAGUGAGCCACCAUGCCGGGCCUACUUUUUUUCAUUCUGUGUUUCACUCACGUCCGUGUGAAGAGACCACCAAACAGGCUUUGUGUGAGCAACAAGGCUGUUUAUUUCACCUGGGUGCAGGCAGGCUGAGUCUGAAAAGAGAGUCAGCGAAGGGAGAUAGGGGUGGGGCUGUUUUAUAAGAUUUGGGUAGGUAAAGGAAAAUUACAGUCAAAGGGGGGUUGUUCUCUGGCGGGCAGGAGUGGGGGGUCACAAGGUGCUCAGUGGGGGAGCUUUUGAGCCAGGAUGAGCCAGGAGAAGGAAUUUCACCAGAUAAUGUCAUCAGUUAAGGCAGGAACAGGCCAUUUUCACUUCUUUUGUGGUGGAAUGUCAUCAGUUAAGGCAGGAACCGGCCAUCUGGAUGUGUACGUGCAGGUCACAGGGGCUAUGAUAGCUUAGCUUGGGCUCAGAGGCCUGACAUUCCUGUCUUCUUAUAUUAAUAAGAAAAAUAAAACGAAAUAGUAGUAAAGUGUUGGGAUGGUGAAAAGUUUUGGGGGUGGUAUGGAGAGAUAAUGGGCGAUGUUUCUCAGGGCUGCUUCGAGCGGGAUUAGGGGUGGCGUGGGAACCUAGAGUGGGAGAGAUUAAGCUGAAGGAAGAUUUUGUGGUAAGGGGUGAUAUUGUGGGACCGUUAGAAGAAACAUUUGUCAUUUAGAAUUAUUGGUGAUGGCCUGGAUAAGGUUUUGGAUGAACUGAAAAACUAAACGGAAUAAGAGAAGGAGAAAAAUAGGUAUUAAAGGUCUAAGAAUUGGGAGGACCCAGGACAUCUAAUUAGAGAGUGCCUAAGGAGGUUCAGCAUAGUCCUGCCGGCAAAGAUUAUUUAUUUACUUCAAGAGUUAAGAGCGGCAGUUUGGGGAUAGCACCAGGAGAUAUCAGCUGUGAUGGCUUGGAAAAACAGUGUAAACCGGCAGCGUAAACAAGAGCAGGGCAUGUAUGAGUAGUUGAGAACAGUGAAUAGGAGUAUGACUAGACAGAAGAUAGUAGGGAUGACAAGUUUUUUGGGGCACAGUCCAAGUUGGUCUGGUGUCUGGAAUGAGACUGGGGCCUAAUAAAAAGGAGCGUCCAUACAGGAGCUCAAAUGGGCUGUACCCUGUAGCAUUCCGAGGACAGGCCUAAAUUCUGAGAAGGGAAAGAGGUAAAAGUAUUGUCCAGUCUUUUUUAAGUUGGUGGCUGAGCUUGGUGAGGUGUGUUUUUAAAAGACCAUUAGUCUGUUCUACCUUUCGUGAAGACGGAGGACCAUAAGGGAUAUAAAGGUUUCACUGAAUACUAAGAGCCUGAAAACCUGCUUGGCUGAUUCGACUAAUAAAGGCUCGUCUGUUAUCAGACUGUAUUGAGGUGGGAAGGCUAAACUGAGGAAUUAUGUCUGACAGAAGGGAAGAAAUGACUGCUGUGGCCUUCUCAGACCCUGUAGGAAAGGCCUCUACCCAUCCAGUGAAAUGGCUACCCAGGCUAAGAGGUAUUUUAAUUUUCUGACUUGGGGCAUGUGAGUAAAGUCAAUUUGCCAGUCCUGGGCAGGGGCAAAUCCCCGAGCUUGAUGUGUAGGGAAGGGAGGAGGCCUGAACAAUCCCCAAGGGGUAGUAGAAUAGCAGAUGGAACACUGAGAAGUGAUUUCCUUGAGGAUAGAUUUCCAGGAUGGAAAGGAAAUGAGAGGUUCUAAGAGACGGGCUAGCGGCUUGUAACCUAUGUGGAAGAGGUUAUGAAAUGACGAGAGAAUAGAAUGGGACUGUGAGGCUGCAAGGAGAUAUUUUCCUUGGUCUAAGAACCAUUUGCCUUGUGUGGGAAGAGACUGAUAGGUGGAAGUUUCAGCGGGGGAGUGACCGAUGUGAAGGAGAAAAACUGGCCGUGAGGGACAGAAGUUGGAGAGCUAGCUGCUUGUCUAGCCACCUUAUCAGCAUAAGCGUUGCCUAGAGCAAUGGGAUCUGACGCCUUUUGAUGGCCUUUGCAGUGAAUGACUCCAGCUUCCUUUGGAAGUGAAGCAGCCUUGAGCAGAGUUUUUAUUAAAGAGGCAUUAAUGAUGGAGGACCCUUGCGUAGUGAGGAAACCUCUUUCAGCGCAUAUAACAGCAUGGUGGUGUAUGAUAUGGAAGGCAUAUUUAGAGUCAGUAUAAAUAUUGACGUGUCGUCCUUUUGCAAGAGUGAGGGCUUGAGUUAAGGCAACUAGUUCGGCUUUCUGAGAGGUAGUGGAGCGGGGGCAGAGUGGUAGCCUUGAUGAUAGAUGUGGAAGCUACUAUAGCAUAGCCUGCCUUUGCUGGUGAGUGGCGAUUAGGCCUGGUGGAACUGCCAUCAAUAAACCAAAUGUGAUCAGGGUGAGGAACAGGAAAGAAGGAAAUAUGGGGAAAUGGGGUGAAUGUUAGGUGGAUCAGAGAGAUACAGUCAUGAGGGUCAGGUGUGGUAUCCGGAAUAAUGUGGGAGGCCAGAUUGAAGUCCAUGCCAGGAACAGUGGUAAUUGUGGGACACUCAACAAAGAGUGAGUACAGCUGAAGGAGCUGGGGGAGCAGAAAGUAUAUGCCUCAGGUGUGAGGAAGAAAAUAGAUUUUGGAAGUUAUGAGAACUGUAGAGAGUGAGUUGAGCAUAGUUUGUGAUUUUGAGGGCCUCUAAAAGUAUUAAAGCAGUGGUAGCCACUGCACACAGACAUGAGGGCUGGGCUAAAACAGUAAGGUCAAGUUGUUUGGACAGAAAGGCUACAGGGUGCGGUCCUGGCUCUUGUGUAAGAAUUCUGACCUCACUAUCCAUGCCUAGGAAGGAAAGGAGUUGUUGUUUUGUAAGGGAUUGAGGUUUGGGAGAUUAGUCAGACAUGAUCAGCCGGGAGAGCAUGUGUGUUUUUAUGAGAAUUAUGCCGAGAUAGGUAACAGAUGAGGAUGAAAUUUGGGCUUGAUUGAAGUAAUGGGGGCUGUCUGUGAAGCCUUGUGGCAGUACAGCCCAGGUAAUCUGCUGAGCCUGAUGGGUGUCAGGGUCAGUCUAAGUGAAAGCGAAGAGAGGCUGGGAUGAAGGGUGCAAAGGGAUAGUAAAGAAAGCAUGUUUGAGAUCCAGAACAGAAUAAUGGGCUGUGGAGGGAGGUAUUGAGGAUAGGAGAGUAUAUGGGUUUGGCACCACGGGGUGGAUAGGCAAAACAAUUUCAUUGAUAAGGCGCAGAUCCUGAACUAACCUGUAAGGCUUGUCUGGUUCUAGGACAGGUAAAAUGGGGGAAUUAUAAGGAGAGUUUAUAGGCUUUAAAAGGCCAUGCUGUAACAGGUGAGUGAUAACAGGCUUUAAUCCUUUUAAAGCGUGCUGUGGGAUGGGAUAUUGGCAUUGAGCAGGGUAAGGGUGAUUAGGUUUUAAUGAGAUGGUAAGGGGUGCAUGAUCGGUCACCAAGGAGGGAGUAGAGGUAUCUUAUACUUGUGGGUUAAAGUGGGGGGAUACAAGAGGAGGACACAAAGGAGGCUUUGGAUUGGGAAGAAGGGCGGCAAUGAGAUUCAGCUGUAGUCCAGGAAGAGUCAGGGAAGCAGAUAAUUUAGUUAAAGUGUCUCAGCCUAAUAAGGGAACUGGACAGGUGGGGAUAAUUAAAAAGGAGUGCUUAAAAGAGUAUUGUCAAAGUUGGCACCAGAGUUGGGGAGUUUUAAGAGGUUUAGAAGCCUGGCCGUCAAUACCUACAACAGUUAUGGAGGCAAGGGAAACAGGCCCUUGAAAAGAAGGUAAUGUGGAGUGGGUAGCCUCCGUAUUGAUUAAGAAGGGGAAGGACUUACCCUCCACUGUGAGAGUUACCCAAAUCUCGGCAUCCAUGAUGGUCUAGGGGGCUUCCAAGGCGAUUUGGCAGUGUCAGUCUUCAGCUGCUAAGCCGAGAAGAUCUGGGAAGGAGUCAGUCAGAGAGCCUUGGGCCAGAGUUCCAGGGGCUCUGGGAGUGGCUGCCAGGUGAGUUGAACAGUCCGAUUUUCAGUGGAGUCCCGCACAGAUGAGAUGCGGCUUAGGAGGAAUCCUGGGCUGCGGGCAUUCCUUGGCCUGGUGGCCAGAUUUCUGGCACUUGUAGCAAGCUCCUGGGGGAGGCAGGCCUGGAGGAUCUCCUGGUCACUGCGGUUUAGGCAUUUGGAAGUUCUUGUGUGCUGGAGAUGUGGCUGGGGUUUGUCUCACAGUGGAGGCAAGGAAUUGCAACUCAGAAAUAUGUUGCUACUUGGCUGCCUCUACUCUAUUAUUGUACACCUUGAAGGCACGGUUAAUUAAGUCCUGUUGUGGGGUUUGAGGGCUGGAAUUUAAUUUUUGGAGUUUUAUUUAAUGUCGGGAGCAGAUUGGGUAAUAAAAUGUAUAUUGAGAAUAAGACGGCCUUUUGACCUUUUAGGGUCUAGGGCUGUAAAGCGUCUCAGGGUUGCUGCCAAAUGAGCCAUGAACUGGGCUGGGUUUUUAUCGUCACCGAAAAAGAGCCUAAAUGCUAUCUGAUUUGGGAAAAAGAAAAAGGAGCAUUCACCUUGACUAUGCCUUUAGCUCCAGCCACCUUUUUAAGAGGAAAUUGCUGGGCAGGUGGGGGAGGGCUAGUCACGGAACGAAACUGUAAGCCAGACCGGGUGUGAGGAGGGGAGGUGAUAAAAGGAUCUAUAGGGUGGAGGAGCAGAGGCCGAGGAAGAAUUUGGACCUAGCUUGGCCUGGUGAGGAGGGGAGAGGUCAGAUGGGUCUGUAGAAAAGGAAGAUUAGAAAGACUUAGCGACGCUUGGGGUUGAGACUGAGGGGACAGGCAGGAGGGAAAGAAGGAAGAUUUGGGAUGAGUUGUACUGGGAACAGAGACUAGGGAGGGACCGAUGUGUAAAAGAAUGUCUGGACGUCAGGCACCUCAGACCGUUUGCCUAUUUUAUGACAAGAAUUAUUUAGAUCUUGUAGGAUGGAAAAAUUGAACGUGCCGUUUUCUGGCUAUUUGGAACCACUGUCGAGUUUGUAUUGGGGUCAAGCGGCAUUGCAGAAGAAAAUAAGACAUUUAGGUUUUAGGUCAGGUGUAAGUUGAAUAGGUUUUAGGUUUUUAAGAACACAGGCUAAGGGAGAAGAAGGGGGCAAUGGAGGGCAGAAGCUUGCCCAUAGUGAAGGAGGCAAGCCCAGAGAAGAGAGAGAGUAGAGACACGGAGAGAAGGGGUGGGGGGUUCUUGCCCCCUAGAAAAGCUGUACUUGCCACUAAGGGUGAAGGACCAAGGCAGGCGUCCCCGCGUGGUCAGACACCUCUGAAACGUGGGUGAAUAAUCAUGCAGGCGUCCCCGUGUGAUUAAACACCAAGCGAAGACUGUCUUCCCGAGUCCGUGAACAGCGCCAGAGUUUUGGGUCCACAGAUAAAACGCGUCUCCUUCAUCUCUACCAGAAAAGGAAAGGAACUGAAAUUAAGAGAAGGGAGAGAUUGAAGUGUGGCGCCAAGAUUGAAAGGAAAAAGAGGUUGAGGGAUAGUGAGAGAGGUUGGAGAAGAGAGUAAAAAGAGGCCGCUUACCAGAUUUAAAAUUGGUGAGAUGUUCCUUGGGCGGGUUGGUCUGAGGACCAGAGGUCAUAGGUGGAUCUUUCUCAUAGAACAAAGAGCAGGAGGACAGGGGAUUGAUCUCCCAAGGGAGGUCCCCCGAUCCGAGUCACGGCACCAAAUUUCACUCGCGUCCGUGUGAAGAGACCACUAAACAGGCUUUGUGUGAGCAACAAGGCUGUUUAUUUCACCUGGGUGCAAGCGGGCUGAGUCCGAAAAGAGAGUCAGCGAAGGGAGAUAGGGGUGGGGCUGUUUUAUAAGAUUUGGGUAGAUAAAGGAAAAUUACAGUCAAAGGGAGGUUCUCUGGCGGGCAGGAGUGGGGGUCACAAGGUGCUCAGUAGGGGAGCUUUUGAGCCAGAAUGAGCCAGGAGAAGGAAUUUCACCAGAUAAUGUCAUCAGUUAAGGCAGGAACAGGCCAUUUUCACUUCUUUUGUGGUGGAAUGUCAUCAGUUAAGACAGAAACUGGCCAUCUGGAUGUGUACUUGCAGGUCACAGGGGAUAUGAUGGCUUAGCUUGGGCUCAGAGGCCUGACAGUGUGUUGUCUAUGUCCUUUGUCUAUUGGUUUUAUUUUGAAGGAGGCACCUAGUGGUUUUCUUCUCUUUAUAUAAUAUGGUUAUCAAUCAUUUUUCCUAUUUGUAUGUGUGUGUGUAUUUGUGAAAUUAACCCCCAUCAUGAUUAAUAAUGGACCAAGAACAAAGUAUAAAAAAUAAUAUCAUGUUGAGAUAAAGGUGUAGAAUGGAUUUUAAACUUCUUAAGGCAUUAGGGUGCAAAUGAUGUACUAAACAACAUAGACCGAUCUUUCUGAGUAAAAACAUUCUAUUUCCACUCUGUGUAUUAAUAUGCAUUGGACCUGGCCUUUCAAACAAAUGUGAUAUUCAGGGAACUGCCACAAUUGAGACCUUAAUAAACCAGUUUCACUUUCUUCAGUAAAUCUGUGAAAGCUAUUAUUUUACAUUUUCUCCACUGUUAAAAUACAGAAACUGAGAGAAGUACUCAGUAUCCUACCCAAGACCUUAUUUUUCUUCAGGAUGCAUCUCAUGUUUUGUACUUCACUGUCUUUGGCUGUUUUUUUCUUUAUUAUUUCCCAUUUUCUUAAGUUGAUCCAUUAUAAAAACAACUCCUGCUUACAGGACUAUUUUUUUCCUUCCAGAGGCGUGCUGUUAUUUCAUAGGUGAACGGAUAGUGUCCUGAUGGUGUCUGUGGCCCUUGAAGCUGCAGUUUAAGGAGGGGGUUCAAAGAAAUGGUAGAGAAAGGUCGUCCCUGUCCUGGAAGAAUGCCAGAUAGGAUGACCUUUGAAACUGUCACCAGGGGCAUGAAAAAUGGGUUUGCAAUAGUUCCCUGCCCUUCUCUGCACAGACGAUAUACAGCAUUUGAUAUUAAGGCAAAGAUCCUUUUCCAUUGAUGAUGUGUAAUCAUAAAUCAUAAGAAAUUUCUAUGAUUUCGGAUUCAAGAAGGCACCUUUCUACCUGUUGCAGCUGUUGGGAGUCAUUCUCCCUCCAGCCCGACCAUGUCUUCCCACGGCUUUUGGCUGCUCCCAUUGGCUUUCACAUUCUCCUCUCCACCUUUGGACUAUCCCCUACCCUUAUCUAUCCACACAUUCACUUCCUACAUUCCUUCCAUGCCUAAUCAGGACAGCUCCUCUGACCACCUUAACUUCCCAGGAUGUCUGCGUGCUCUGGAUAAAGUGCGCUAAGCCCCGCCCCUCCCCGUGUGAUCUGAGUCGGGCCCCACUGACUCUCCUGUAUACACAUCCUCUGUCCUCCUUGGACCCAUAUUUAUAGUCAGUCUCUCUGUUCCCACCCUGCAUGGCACUUGACCUGAUGCUGGGAAGGUAAUCAUUAUCCUUCCCUUAAUGUUUCAGGAUUAUUCAUUCUAUUUUGCCACAUCUAGUGUAAUAUUUAAUAGCAUCUAUGAAGAAGACUGAAGACUAUAAAUAAAUGCUCUCUUUAGUAUUGAGAGGGUUUUAUACAAUAUAAAAUUUAGAGUACAUUUUUUUCUCAGGAGGUCUGACAUUAAUAUUAAUCGUGAGCCCCAAAGUAGAAGCUUUUAUAUUUUAGCAUAAUGAAGUUUACCAUAUGUUUCAAAGUCACUUGCAAUUGUGCUUCUCAUAAUGACAAUUAGAAAGGUCAUCCUGUCUUGCCAGGCUCCAUUAGGUAUAUAAACCAGCUCGUGGCUGUCACCGUGAAAUGUGUUAAGGCACUUGUAUGCAAAUUCAAGGGGAGACAUGAUAUUUUUUAUCCCAAAGUGUAGCUGUUUACAACUAAUUACCAAACACGGAACAAGCCUAUUGUUUGCCUUUACAUGAUAUAUGGGCAUAGAAGUUUCUAAAGCAAAUUCUCCUCUGUCUUUUCAUUGAUUAAAUUAUAUGAAGUCACCCUCUUCCAUGAAGCAUUACGUGAUGAGGUCCCCAAAGCACUGAAUAAAGAAAUUUGUCAUUAAGACACUGGUGUAUUUCUGAUCUGUAUAUUUUUUUUCUGCUUCACUCGAAAAACUUAUUAUCUGCAUGAAAGUAUGGAAACUGUUAUUGUAUUUAACUCUCUACAUGUGAACCUUGAAGAAAUGAUGGGGUGAAGGUGAAAUGAAAGGGAGGAGGUGAGGAGGUGGCACAAGUAAUGUUUUCUUAUGGAACUUGAAGAGGGAUAAACCUACAUUAGAACCAAAGCAGGUAAUUCCUGGGAAACUGAAGCAUGCCAUUGUGGAUGUGGGUCAUGGGAACUGAUGCUGGAAAAAAAUAGUUCCUAAUCUGGUUUGGGAAUGGCAAAUUUGGUUGCCACAAUUGAAAUAUUAAUAUACUUCUUUGUAUGAAUGCCCUUUCAUUUAUGCCUUUUUUUUUUCUUUAAGAGGCGUUUUUUCUCUAAGACAGGCUAAACUUCUGUAUUCAAGCCUUUAGAGUUUGCAAACAUUUAUCAAUAGAUAAGAAAGAUAGAUAAAAAGUCCUGGAUUCAUUAGUGCACAGCCAUGGUCUCUACAGUUUUGAAGUUUCUCACUUGGGAGAAUACUGGAGAAGAACCUGUGGCCCGUGAAGCAUUUGACUGUUAAUAUUUCAUACUAUUCAAAUGCUUUAAUUUAAAAAAUUAAUCUAUGAAUUUAACAUAUAUUCAUGGGAUGCAGACACUGCAGAGAGCUGCCUCUUCCUGGCCUUUGUGUUUGAACUGUGUUCUGGUUGCUUAAGCACCCAUCUAUCUGGAAUGGUUUGUGUUCAGGUUUUCCAGAGGAAAGGAUGACUCCAUGUUCCUCAAGGAACUUUCCAGGCAAAUGAAUUUACUAUUUUUUAAUAUUAAAAAUGAUCCUCUUUAUUGAGAGUGAUAGACUAAGGGAGGAAUAAACAGUUUUAAUAGCCCUGUGACACAUAAGCGGAGGAAAAGACCCCCUCCAUGCUUAUGUAAAUAGGAAGGAGAACAACUGUAGCAAGAAUAUAGAAAAGGACUCGUUUCUUCUCUCUUCCACUCUCGUUUUUUGCCCUUUGGCCUAAAGCUGUUAACAUUGGGUGAAUGUCCCUGUGGUCAUCUUGCAUUAUACCUCAUGUUCUGUUUGUUAUUGAUAGGGAUGGAUAUCUGAGAGUCUGUAUCAAGAGUUACAUGUAAGUUUGUGUAAGGCCCUUCUUUUGCUUCUACAUUUUUGCUCAUUGUAUGGAUGCAUUUUGUAGGACUGUGAGCUUAUAUUUAAAACACCUGUGCGGCAGUGGACCCCUGUGUCACCGCCUGGCCUCUCAUUCAGAAGCCUUAGCUGUUCCUCAACUCCUACAACACAUGUUGAGCGCCUCUCAGGUGCCAGCUACUGUAAUAGGCACUGGGGAGUGGAAGGGUGACAAGAUGUGAUUCCUGACCUCGAGAGCUUUGCAGUCACUGGUGGAGGAGGCACAUGUACACAGCAAAUAGGGCACGAUGUGUUGAAGUAUGAAAUGAAGCAAUAAACAAUGGGUGUCAAGACAGCAGAGAUAAGGACAACCAAGGAUGCCUUCGAGGAGCCAGGGAGAGCCUCACAGAGGAGGCAGGGCAUGCACCGUGGCUUGGGGAUGGAAGGGGCAGAAAUAGUGUUGUUUUAGGGAAGAGGAGAGCACAGACUCAGAGGUCGGAGGAACGUGGCACAUCUAGGAGACAGGGAUCCAAUCCCAGCCCUACCACUUAGCAGCUGUGUAACUUUGGGAAAGUUUGCUAAUCACUCUGAGUAUGUUUCCUCCCACGUAAAGUAGAAAUAAUACUACUACUAAUAUUGACCUCUUAGGACCAUGAGUAGAUAAAGUAAUAAUACAUGUAACAAUCUUGGCUUAGUGCCCUAGCAUAUCAUAAGGACUCAAUAAAUAUUAGUUUAUGUGAUUAUUGAUCUGGCUGGACUGAAGGGUGUAAGAGUGAGAAUGAUAGGAGAUGAGGCUGGAGAAGUGGACAGAGCCACACCAUGAGAUACCUUUUCACCAGGCUGGGGUUUUCAAGAUUUCUGAAAGGUCGUGGCUAGCCAUUAAAAUAACUUGGUUUCUGUACCCUCCACUGCUCCUGAACAUUCUUGUAUUACAGUUGUGUUAGUCUGUUUGCAUUGCUAUCAAGGAAUACCUGAGACAGGGUAAUUUAUAAAGAAAAUAAGUUUAUUUGGCUUAUAGUUCUGCAGGCUGUACAUGAAAUAUAGUGCUGCCAUCUGCUUCUGGCAAGGCCUCAGGAAGCUUACAAUCAUGGCGGAAAGGGCAGGGGAGCCAGCCAGCGUGUCACAUGGCGAGAGAGGGAGCAAGAGGCGAGGUGGAGGUGCCAAGCUCUUUUUAAACAACCGGCUCUUGUGUGAACUCAUUACCACAGAAAGGGCACCAAGCCAUGCGUAAGGGACUCGUCCCCAUGACACCAGCACCUCCCACAAGGCCCCACCUCCAACAUUGAGGAAUCACAUUUCAACAUGAGAUUUGGAGGGGGCAAACAUCUAAACUAUAUCAAAAGUCGAUGAUUAAACACAGUCUCAUAUAAAUGUUCUACCUCAAAAAAAACCCAAACAUUACACACCUAUUAUAGCUAAGAUAAAAAAUACUGACAACACCAAGUGCUGCCAAGAAGGUGGAGCAGGCCAAUUGCUCAUAUAUCUCUGGUGGGAUGUGUCAGUAUCGCUGGUGGGGAUGUAACAGUAGAGCCAUCUGGAAGACAGUGCCAGUGGCUUAUGGAGUUAAACAUUACACUUGCCAUGUGACCUGGCAAUUCCACUCCUGGGUACUUAUUUAUCCUCUAGAAAUAAAAAUUUAUGUCCCACAAAACUGUGAUGAAUAUUUAUAGCAGCUUUAUUCAUAAUUGCCUAAAACUGAAAACAAGUCAAAUGUCCUUCACUGAGUGGAUAGAAUAACAAACUAUGGUACCUUCACAUAAUGGAACACGACUCAGUAAUAAGGAACAAACUAUCAAUAUACACAACAACCUGGCUGCAUCUCAAAUGCAUUGUACCGAGUGAAAGAAACCAGUCUCAAAAGGCUACAGCUGUAGCAUCCUAUUCAUAUGAUGCUCUGGAAGAGACCUCUAAGGGCAGGGUUUAGGAAUUGGGAGAGGGGCUGGGGAAGGGUCUGAUUAGAAAUUAACAGCCCAGGGGAAUUCUUGGUUUUGUUUUUAUUUGUUUUUUGUUGUUGCUGUUGUUUUUUGAGACGGAGUCUCGCUCUGUCACCCAGGCUGGAGUGCAGUGGCGCGACCUCAGCUCACUGCAAGCUCCGCCUCAGCCCAAGGGAAUUCUUUAGGGGCCUUGGAAUUGUUCUGUAUCCUGUUUGUGGUGAUGGUUACAAGUUACAGCCCAUAGAACUGUACAACAAGUGAAUUUUACUGCGUGUAAAUUUUUAAAAAAUUUUAAAAACUUGAAGACAUAUAGCUCAUUUACCACGUGCUUUACCUGUCUUAUCUCAUUAAUCCUCUCUAUGAGGUUGAUGUUAUUAUUACAGGUCGAACAUUCCUAAUCUGAAAAUCCAAAAUCUGGAAUGCUCCAAAAUCUGAAACUAAUUUUGAGGCCUGACAUGAUGCUCAAAGGAAAAGCUCACAGAAGCAUUUCGGAUUUUGGAUUUUCAAAUUAGAGAUUCUCCACAGGUAAUUAUGCAGAUCUUCCAAAAGCUGAAAAAAAUCUGAAAUCCACAACACUUUUGGUCCUAAGCAUUUCAGAUAAGGGAUACUCAACCUGGAUCUCUAUUAGUGCAUUAUUAUCUACUACUACUAUUAUUAUUGACUAAGCAGAGGCUUUGUGAGGUUUGGCCCAAACCCACAUACCUUCCAGGGGGCAAAGCCUGGCACAAGCCAGGUGUGCACACUCCCCAGACCCUGAAUUUCCACAGCAUUGCGAGUCACCCCUCAAGGAGUCACAGAGUGGGUGGUAGAUCUUUCUCAGGCUCUUGUACAGGCUGUACCUCAGUUAUCCAGCUCGCUGGUCAGUGUGGUUGCUCUGUGCAUCAUGCUGGUGCAACUUUUACAAAUGUGCAAAUGUUUUAAAUGCUUAGUAUCAGAGAGGGAGUUGCCUACUGAAUAUUUUCUGACCUCUUAACUUGUGCUGUUGGCUAAGUUAAAUUUGGCUUCUUUUCAAGGAACUGUUACCUCCCUAGAGGGUUUGUAUGGUGACACCCAUAAAAAUCUUAUUCAGUUUUUGUUCAAUUCACAGCUUUAACUUAGUCUCCUUAAAAAUCACUCAGGUUGUAACCAAAGGCUGCUCUAUGGCUGAGUAGAAUUGUUAAUUAUUAAUAACUGUUAAUCAACUACAUAGUCAACCUCAGACAAGAGGGCAAGAGAUAAUUCCUUAGACACACACACAAAAAGAGCAAAAUGUUAAGGUUAGAAAACAGUAAAAACGAUGAAGAUAUUUAAUUCUUUUUGCAUACUUUGUAAUUAUUUGUUUAAAUAUCUAUUUCCCUAGCCUCUGUGCCAGUUUUUCUUGUUGUUUUUUAUUUUUAUUUUUUUAAGAGAGGGUCUUGUGUUGUUGCCCAGGCUGGAGUCCAGUGGUGCAACCAUGACUCACUGCAUCCUCCCACUCCUGGGCUUUGAUCCUCCCACGUCAGGCUCCCAAGCAUCUGGGACUACAGGCAUGCACCACCAUGCCUGGCUAAUUUUUAAAACAUUUAUUUUUGUAGAGAUAGGAUCUCUCUCUGUUUCCCAGGCUGGCCUUGAACUUCUGGUCUCAAGCAAUCCUCUCACCAAUCCUCUCACCUCAGUCUCCCAAAGUGCUGGGAUUACGUGAGCCAUUGCGCCCAGCCUUUUCAAGGCUAUUAGUUUUCUGCCCCCAGUUCCUGUAAUCCUUGCAUAGAAUAGGGGCUUAGUAAAGGUUUGCUGAGUUAGAACUCCAUUUCAAUGGAUAUUGAACUUGAGAACUGAGUGAGACUUGUGGAGUAUGGUAUUUCAAAGUAUUAUUUAUCCAACAGUCUGAUAUUUCAGAAUCAUUCAUUUGCCAACUCCUAUGUAGGUACUUUGGAGAUAUUAUUUGAGUUAUUCCUUAUGACAUCCCAUGCAGCAAACAUAUUCCUUCCUAAAUGAGGAAGCUGAGGCUAGGAGUGAUGAGCUGAUUUGCUUGUUAUGCACACUGGAUGGAGUGUGAGCUGUGUCAGACACGUGAAUUCAGAUCCUCAUUGUGCCACAUCACAGGGACAUGAGAUGGGGUGGCUCUUUCACUUCUGUGAGCCUCACUUUCCCCCUCAUUCAUUUAUGUAACCAAUGGUGGGUCCAGGUUUUGUGAGGACUGGAGCUUACACAAUUUGAGUAUGGGUCUUAUUUAAAGAAAAAAAUAUAUAGAAUUAUGAUUCAAAUUUGGAUACAGGGUUUGAAGAGGACUUGUGACAGCGGAGGACCCUGAGGCUUUAUGUGCCAUUAGAUUCAUGGUAAAUCUGUCCUUGCUUUCAACUAAUUUUUAUAGUGAGCCACUACGUGCCGGGCUGUGUCUGCAGCUGGUUACAUGUGCUGAGCCUAACAGUACCAUCCUGGUCCUCUAGAAUGCUAGAGCCCACUGGGAGACACCACCAGAAAACAGACAACGGCAGUACAGUCAGAUAAGUGUAUGAUGGGGAGGUAUGAAAAGCCAGGAAAGAUUUCUGGAAGAGAUGACAUCUAAGCUGCUACUCAGGAUAUGUAAAAGUUAAAAUGGAGAAAAGUAUGGAAAGCCCAUUUGAGGCAGAAGAAAGAACAAGCAUGAGAGGUGAUAGAGAAAAGCUUCCUUAUGGGGACCGUGAGAAGUUUAGCGGGGCUGCGUUGUUCAGUGGGGUGGAGGAGUGGGGAGAGCUUCAGCUCCAGAAUUAGGCAGGGGCCAGGUGGGCUUGUAUACCAUUUAAGGAGCUUGGAAAUGGUCCUAAGAGCAAUAGGAGGCACUUGGACAGAUUUAAGCAGGGAGUGAUCUGAUAAGAUUUACAUUGGGGGGAUGAAAAAAAGGCCACACUGGGUCCAGCUGCAGAAUGGAGAGAGAAUCCACUCCACACUGGGCACGAGGGCCAUCCCCCUGCAGGGCAGCCGGUGGCAGGAGAGAGGAAGGUGACAGGAGAGCAGCUGUGAGAACGAAGAGGAGGGGAUACAUUACAAAGUUGUUCAGCAGUGAGAACCAACAGGACUUGAGAGUGGAUGCUUAGAGGCAGGAGGUGCAGGUGAUCAUGAGGGAGGAGAUAAGAUAGAAGCUUAGCUUUCUGGCCUGGACCACCGGUGGGGGGUAUUCAUUAGAAUCAAGGCCAUAAGAACAGCAGAUUUGGAAGAGAUUGUACGUCUCCUUUGAGCCAGUUGAGUUUGCAGUUUCUGAGUGACAUCCAGGUGGAGAUGUUCAGUGGAGAGCUGGUUGCAAAGCUGAGGAAGGAGAGCUGACUGACAGCAGGGCUUUGGCUGUUCUCAGCAUAUGGAUUAUAAUUAGAGCCGUGCAGAUAGAUGAGAGUGCAUGGGAAAAGCCAGUGCAGAGACAAGAUGGUGCAAAGGAGUAUCCUAAAGAACAUUAAUCUUUAGGGGACAGGCAGAGGACAAGGAGCCCCAAAGAAGCAUGACUGACUGUGGUCAGGGAUGAGGGAGGACCGGCAGGAGUGUGUGAGGAGCACGGAUUGUUUUUGUUUGUGGGGUUCCCCUGCCUUUAGGGACACACUAACUCUUUGGAUAUCAACUGGUUGUCCCGGAAUUCCAUUUAGCUCUGUUUGAGUUGUGUGCAGAGCCCAUGGUUUUCACAGCCCCCCUUCCUUUCAGAUUUGAUAAUUUGCUAGAGUGGCUCACAGAACUCAGGAAAACACUUUACUUAUGUGUACAGAUUUAUUGUAGAGGAUACAACUCAGGAACAGCCACAUGGAAGAGAUGCAUAGGACAAGGUAGGGGGGUGGCGCAGAGCUUCCAUGCCCCCUCCAGGUGCGCCACCUCCCAGCACUGCCAUGGCCUCACCAGCCCAGAAGCUCUCUGAACCCUGUGGUUUAGGGUUUUCAUGGAGCUUGGUUUUAUACAUUUUAGGGAGACAUGAGACAUCAAUCAAAUACAUUUAAGAAAUACAUUGGUUUGGUCCAGAAAAGCAGGACAACUUGAAGCAAGUUGGGCGGGCAGGGAGGCUUCCAGGUUAUAGGAAGGUUUAAAAAUUUUCUGAUUGGCAAUUGGUCAAAAGAGUUAUUAUCAAUACCCAGCAUUUUGGGAGGCCGAGGGGGGUGGAUCACGAGGUCAGGAGAUCAAGACCAUCCUGGCUAACACGUGAAACCCCGUCUCUACUAAAAAUACAAAAAAAAUCAGCCGGGCAUGGUGGUGGGCGCCUGUAGUCCCAGCUACUCGGGAGGCUGAGGCAGGAGAAUGGCAUGAACCUGGGAGGCGGAGCUUGCAGUGAGCUGAGAUUGUGCCAUUGCACUCCAGCCUGGGCGACAGAGCAAGACUCUGACUCAAAAAAAAAAAAAAAAAAAAAGAAAAAAAAGAAAAAGAAGAGUUAUUAUCAAUAAGAAGGAAUGUCUGGGUUUCGAUAAGGGGUUGCGCAGACCAAAGUUUUCUCAUGCAGCUGAAGCCUCCAGGUGGCAGGCUUCAGAGAGACUAGAUUGUAAAUAUUUAUUAUCAGAUGUAAGGUCUGUGUUGAUGUUAAUACCGGAGGUUAUAUCGAGGCAUGUUCAACCCUACUUCCCGUCAUAGCCUGAGCCAGUCUUUCUGGUUAAAUUUUAGAGUUCUCUGGCCUGGCGGGAAGUCCAUUUACAUGGUUGAGGAACUUAGAAUUUUGUUUUUGGUUUACAAAGAGAAAGCAGAGAAGGGUGAUGAAUGACUGAGCCACAUCCUGGUGCCAGCUCUGGACCGGGUUUGGCUGUGGUCUCCACAAACAUUUUUGAAUGAAUACAUGAGUGAGCAAGUGAGUGAGUGAAUGGGAGGAAGGCCGGUGGGGGGAGGUUUGAGGAGAGUGGGGAAAGGUCUGCUGUGGUGCCUUGAAGGUGGGGAGACCUGGCAUGGGGAACACAGAAUUGCCAGGUGGAUUUGGUGCCCAUUUGGAAGGUGGCCCAGUGACUUCUGGGAACAGUGUCCCUGAGAUCAUGCAUUUUCCCCAGCUGUGCUCAGCAGCCUGCUUCAGGGAGAGGGAAUGGCAACAGCGAGCAUGCCAGGCUGGGGGUUUCCAGGCAGGUAGAGGAGAAAGGCAACUGGGUUCGGGAGCCGAACGGAGUGGCAGGAAGGUGAGUGAAGUGAUGGAUGGCUAUGUCUACGCUGGAGGCUGAUAAAGAAGGGAAAGUGAUAGGUUGAGGGGUGGGUGGCUGGAUGUGGUCGUGAAACAGGGGCAGAAAUAACUAGGGUGUGGGAAAAGUAGUGGCAAGGUGGCUGGGAGCUCGGUGGCUCAGUUUGGGUGCAGAUGAAGCCAAGGUGAAGUGAGGUGGGAUGGUGAGACCAAGGACCCAGAAGCCCAGGUGUCGGCCUGGUGAUGCAAGGAUGGCGGCAGGGCUCGGGGUGGGGAGGAGGUGGAGGUCCAGGAUCAAGGCCCCCAGAGAAGGGGGAUGUCCCAGAUGAGAGCAAUGAGAAGGACAGCUUGGGGUGAAGCUGAAUGCCCUGAGCCUUCAAGCAGCAACAGAUUAUACCUGAAGGUAGAGCCACGUUAGAGACGUGGGAGGACACUGACUGCUUGGGUAGGGGUGGGGAGUGAGCAUCCACACUCGAGUGGCUGCAGAUGCCAUGAGACCCUCCAGGGAUGACCAGGUCACUGUUAGGGCAGAGAGGAGGAGGCAGCUUUCAGAAGGAGCUGGGCAUGCAGAGCUUGCUAACCAGGGAUGGAGGAUCCAGGCAGUAGGGCAAAGCCCACGGAGGGGCCCAUAGGACGGGACAACUGCGAAGACACUGUCUGCCUUGGAAUGCGGGCAGCAUCUUCAUAGCCAUCCAGGGAUUUGGACCCUGGCCUUUCUAAGUGAGAGCUAUACUUUUUCUAUAAUUUUUGCCACUACAUAACUGCCAAAGUUAAAGGUGGAAAAAGAGUCUCUGUCCUAGCUUUUCAUCGACCUUUUCAAAAGGAACAGAAAAUCGUCGCAUUCUCUUGCUUCUACAAUGCCAGUGAUUGUCUGAUGCAUCCUGGAUUUGACAAAGGCAGGUAGACACUCACGGUGCAGGGACACGCCAGUUCCAAAUCGCAUCUUUACUUUUUAAAUGUUGAAAAACAAAAAAGACAGUGCAUCUUAGAAUUUAAGGCAACAUAGUAACUAAAGUGGCGGAGGCUUUUAACUGAAACCGGAAGAAACAGCAUGAGUUUUUUUGUUUUAUGUUUCUUAGCUGAAAGAAACUCAGGCAGGAUAACGUGAUAAGGAAACUCAGGUAUUUGCCUGUGAUUGGUUCAGGAACUGUUGGAAAAAGACUCUGGGAUUGGGCAGAACUAGAGUUUAGAUCACUAGCUGGAAGGACUUUUGAGUCCAGUUUAAGAUUUGGAGAGAGUUAUAAAGGUUAAGCCAGCAUUUAUAAGAACAUGUGCCAAUUAGAGAAGUACAGGAGAAUUUGCUGUUUUCUCUGUUAUUAUAAAGAUCAUUGUUCUUAAAUUUACAUUAGUUUGCUAGGCCUACUGCCACAGAAAACCACAGACUGAGUGGCUUGGACAACAGAUGUUUAUUUUCUCCCAACUCUGAAGGCUGGAAGUUCGAGAUCAAGGUGUCAGCACAAAUGAUCUCUCCCUAAGCCUCUCUGCUUGGCUUGCGGAUGGCUGUCUUCUCCCUGCGUUCUCCCUCACAUGGCCUUCCCUUUGUGUGUGUCUGUGUCCUCAUCUCCUCUCCUCAUAGGGACGCCGAUCAGACUGGUUUAGGGCUCAACCUCUUGACCUCAUUUCAAUGUUAUCACCUCUCUAAAGACUCUGUUUCCAAAAAGUCACAUUCUGAAGUACCAGGGAUUAGGGAUUCAACAUAUAAGUUUUGGGGGAGGACACAGUUCAGUCCAUAGCAGCCUAUUCCAUACCUCAUUUUAUAAGAAGAGAAUUUAAAAUCAGAUCCUUGCCUAGCACUCUUCUGGUCACACACAGAAAAUAAUCCAGAAAGUUACCUUGGCUGCUCAGCCUCAUG